AUGGACGUGCACCAUGCUUGCGUGUCUAUGCACCCCACGGCCUAUACUUGUGACAAUGUAUAUGGCUAUGUGUACGUGAGCUCAGAGGAUGCGACCAUGCAUGCCAAGCACAUGGCUCUAGGCUUUCGUGUGCCUGAUCAACCAGCACAUCCGUUUGCUUUCCAUAUACCCCUAGCUGAAUUGCAAAGCAUUCGGGAGCACGCUCCAUCAGCGAUGCGCCCGAUUGGCUACGUUGAAAUAGUAUCGUCUUCCCACAAGCCACAAACGCUCUUUUAUCAUAAAGAUCCUUUCGACGAUCAACGCAGUCCCAACGAUUGGGCAGGGCACCGUCUCAUUGACGCUCUUGUCCCAUUUGUCGACGUUCUUGCCAGUCGCGAAACUCCUCAUUUAUUUUUGCUGGACCCCUCUCCAGAAGAUCGAGCAAGGCAUCAAACGCCGCACUUUGCCGAUGAUGCCAUCGACGCCGUGCUUUCUCGCCGGUCGCCGCUGCCACCGCAGAAGUCUCGUCCCGACACUUUAACUUCAUGGGCCAAAUCCACCCACAUGUCAGUCCUAACGCAACUUUCGCAUGUGGUGCGAGGUGCACGCGAUAGUCGCGAUGCCAUUCUUGCUCACCCACUUGUACGCCGUGCCAAACCACAUGUUUCGACGGCGCAAGCCGGUCCUUAUAUGGUUAGUGCACAGUCUUCAACUCCCCUAUUGUCACCUGAUCAUCCAUCGCUGGAGUUUGAUGCUGCACGUGUAUAUCUUGCCAAGUGGGCAAGCCAAGUUGCCAAAGAGGGCGAGCUGAAUCGUAUUGCCGAGCAUGCGAUGGACGACGGUCCUGAGAGAGACGCCGAGUCUCUGCUGGGUGCAUCCAAUCUGCCGAUUCUCCCUGCUUCAGACGACAAGAUUCCUCCGCUCUCGUAUGACGUUUGCACUGAGCUGUUGAACACUGGUGCUCCAGCUCAUGCGGUCGCUCAGCAAAUAUUUCGGUUUGGCCUCGCGUCUAACGCUCGCGCGUUGAUGUGGCCAUAUUUGAUGGGUGCAUUACCACUAGAAAGUGAUGUUGAAAAGCGGCGAUGUGCUGAUGGCGAGCUUGCAUCUUCUUACAAGGCAUGGAUGUCCCGCUGGUUCGGUCAUGCUGUCACAUCCGACACCCUCGAGGCAUCUCGGCACCGAAUUUGGAUCGACUGUCUUCGUGCAGAUACGAAGCAUGCCUUCUUUCAAACCGACGCAUGCAACAAGAGUAUUAUGCUCCAAGUCAAUCAGAGUGGCUGGAGCCGCCCAAGCCCACAGGGCUCGUCUGACACGCAAGUCAAUCCUCAUUUAUACGUCUUGAGCAACAUCCUCUGGACUUUCGAGGUUUACGCCGAACAUGCUCAUGAUCUGCUUCUUCCUCAUGUCGAAGGUUACGUCCAAGGCAUGAGUGACCUGUGCUCUGUAUGCUAUGUGGCUUGCGAAGGCGACGAACCCCGCACUUUCUGGACCUUUGUUGCCGUGAUGCGACAAUGGGGUUGUCAUUAUGUCGCGGAUCAGUCGGGCAUGCGUCAUGAGCUCCUGCUUCUUCAGCGCUUGGUAGCGGAGCUGUGCCCCCGGCUUUAUGAGUACUUGCAGCAGAUCGAUGGACUGAAUUUGUUUUUCUGUUUCCGCUGGCUUCUCGUCUGCUUCAAGCGAGAAUUUGAGUUGCACGACGUGUUUCGUAUUUGGGAGGCUAUCUGGUCAGCAGGAUGGAGUCGCACAGAGCACAGGGGCUGGCCUCUUUGCUCACAUCUGCAUCUGUUCGUGGCACUCGCAAUUCUCGAAAGCCACGAGCGCCUGCUGAUUCGUCACCUGCGCUCAUUUGAUGAAGUGCUCAUGUUCAUUCAUUCCCUUGCAUUCCACAUGGACGCAACAUCUGUUCUGCGGCGUGCCGAGGCACUUGUGUACCGCCUGCGCAGUCGUGUUGUACAGGGCAAUGAUGUGGAUAGCGAGCUUCGGUCCAUGGUGCUAUGCUAA